AUCCCACACAACCUGUGAAGAGCUGUUUGAGGAUUUGUACAUUUAUGUGAUCAUUUGUUGGUGUAUCAUCAUGAGUGCUUUACUCUUUGUGCUGUUAUCAGGAUUUCUCUCAUUUCAGGACAUAGCAAAUGGAGCAGAAGAGAAUGCAGCACUAUGGGGAAAAACCAGUCAGACUUCAGUUCACAGUACCUAUGAAUCAAAAUAUGCUGUUGAUGGUGAUCCCACAACCAGGUCAGAAACCAACACAGAGAGUGACCCAUGGUGGACAGUGGAUCUACUGAAUGUAUACCGAGUGAACCGAGUGACCAUCACUAACAGAGAUAGCGGCUAUUAUUACAGGAUAAAUGGUGCAGUUCUUCGAGUUGGAAACUAUCUUGACUUGUACAGUAACACCAUAUGUGCUGAAAUUCCCACUAUUCCAUCUGGGGUCACGUCCACCUUCAAUUGUGGUGGAAUGGAGGGACGUUUUGUCUAUAUACAUAUUCCUGGAAAUAACAAGAUUCUUGCUCUCUGUGAAGUUGGAGUCUAUGGGUAUUUGUUAGGUAACUUGGCAAUAGGAGGAAAUGCUACACAGUCAUCAACAUAUUUGUCCUGGUUUGCUGGACAGGCCAUUGAUGGCAAUCGAGGUUUCAAUACACAGGCGAAUACAGCAUGCUCUUCUACCAACAAUGAGAGUAACCCAUGGUGGAGGGUGGAUCUGAAUUAUGCGUACAUAGUCAACACGGUGGUCAUCUCUAAUAUAACUUGCUGUCCAGAACGAAUAAUUGGAGCUGAGAUUCGUAUUGGAAACUCCUUGGAGAACAACGGCAACAACAACCCCAUAUGUGCUGUUAUUCCCAGUAUUCCAGCUGAUAAUUCCUCCAAAUACUCAUGUGGUGGAAUGCAGGGGCGUUAUGUGAAUCUGAUCAUUCCUGGAAAUAUGAAGAUGCUCACGCUGUGUGAGGUGGAGAUCUAUGGAGAAGGUCCUGUUGUUGAACGCUCUUUUGUAAGGAUGCACUUUAACUCCAAAGCUGAUUUGACUGACCCUGUAAUGAGAGACAAGAUUCUUAAACAGUUGGAAUCUGUUUUGGCAAAAUGUGGAUUUCCAAAUGCGACGAUCAGAUGGUCUCAAACCCCGAAACCGGAAGUGAUUCAGGAGACUGAAACACGUCCUUGCAGUACAGAAAACUAAAACCCCACAAAAGUCUUUAAAAUAUUUACAAAUCUGAAUGCUGAUAUGUUUUUUUUUAUUUAUUAAUUUCUUUUGACAAUCAUGUUUAUUUUCUUAAAAGACUCUAAAAACACUGUUGAUUCAAAUAAUUUGAUCUGUAUUGAUAAUUUGAAACUUUUUAAUUUAACUAUUAUAUAAUCUAUAACAUAAUGCAUUAGAAAAUAGAUAUAGUUUAUGAUUUAAAAAAUAGCUAAAAAUGCAGUGAGUAAACACAAAAUGAUUAAUACUUGAUUUUAAUAAUAUACAUUGAUAUAUUUAUUAUGGGGCGUUCUCUGUCUAUAGCACUUUAUUCUGCAGAUAGUUUGAAGAGAAUAAAGUAAUCUUUUUUUUUGUCAAAUAGUCAUAAAGGACUUUCUUCCAAACUCUCGUCACUAAUUCUGUUACUUUGUGGUGUUGGAAGUCAGAAAGACUGAUUCCUUGUCACGGCACUGACCUAUCGGCAGCUUUUGCGUAUCAAAGUACCUCCUGAAACUGGUUUCGGACAGACUUCCGAGGCAGCACUGCAUCACAUCGUUGCUUGGAUACAAGCAUUCCUUCAGUCAGAGAUUAUUUAGCAGAUGGGCCACUUAUUUAAAUAAAUGAGAGAAAUUGGAACGCUCAACCAAGGAGCUCUGAGCGGCCAACAGAUAUAAAUCCCACCUUACAGUUAAAAGAGCAAGUCGCCUUUUAGAUAGAGGCAUUUCCUGUCAAUCAACUCGAUAACGCGCAUGCACAUUAGCUAAACAAGUAGGGAAAAAUUGUGUUCCAACAUAAUAUGAGGUAUAUAAUUUAUUAUUGGAAUAUUAUAACAUUUUAUUGCUGAUUUUAAAUGUUCUUAGAUUGUUAUCUUGAACAACCGUUUUUGAUUUUUUUUUUGGUGUUUCUCCAUUCAAGUAGAUAGGAGCUGCACUGGCAUGACUGGAAAUGUGACACGAACAUUGGAUUCGGACAUGCCGUGGUCCAUUUCUGCCUCCGUAUGCCUCCGGAGGCACUUUUCUGGUCUUUUAAAACGUGCGUGUCAAUAAAAAUAGUUACUCAGAGGUCCUUAGAAGACAAACAUGUCCUGUAUUGCAUCAAAAAACUGCCAUAAUAAUAAUAUAUAUUCAUACUAUUUUCCACUUUCAAUGUGUAAUUUUUUUUAACCAACAUCAGUCUUGAUCAUAACUUCCAAAUAUUCAUUAAUUUUCAGUAUUUUAAUCCUAUAAAUGCCAGUUUGUUUAUAUAAUGUCACUUUUGUUUUUUAUGGAAUAAAAAAAAUAUAUAUAUAUAUUAUUUCCGAUAUACGUGAUGAUAAGAUUGACAGUCUCAGAAACGGAGGCGACUGAGAUUUGUCCUUUGCAACACGGAUUGAAGUGAGUAACCGCACCACCACGAGGACCUAGUAAGUAGUGGGAAUUGGGUAUUUCAAAUUGGGAGAAAUUUAAAGACCUUUUUCACACUCCAGGUUUUGCAACGCAGAAUUAAACGUUUGCAGGGUAAACUUUGACAGCGAUGAAUGGGAAUGAAUAGGAGACCACAGCAAAUAUUAUUUUCAAUUAUCCAUUAAAAAAAACUAUUAUGAAUAACUUUCCAGAAGAGGAAAUACAUAGAGAGUGGUGGAUUAAGACUGAUGGGAGAAGGUGCCAUAUUUACUCUCAGCAAUAUUUAAAAUGAUAAUAUAAAAAAAUGUGCGAGAUUUACGAUGCUAAAUAUAUAUAUAUGAGAACUUUUAUCAGUAGGACAGUGUACAGUGACUGUGCAUGAGUGUGUGUUUGAGAGAGAGAAAGAGAGAUGUGCCAGUUGUUCAUACCCUAUUGUUCUCCAUAAACAGUCUUAACAUCCAAAGUAACAGAAGGAUAGACUGACAAAGUCACAUUGAAAACCAACGUCUCACAAAGUGCCAUUACCCAGAUCUAAGGAGAGAAAAGUUUGACAACCCUGUACAAAUUAUUUACAGUAACUUGUUACUUCUCAUUAAUGUAACACAACCAAAUGUUUUUACUUUAUUACUGCACUACAAUAACAAAGAAGCAUUGUGGGAACAUGAGCAAAAUACUUGACAUGAAUUCUAAUGCACAAUCCCAGACAAUAUUAGCUACUGCACCAAAUGUGCAUUUGGGAUAUCCCGAAACAAAUCUUAUUUAACGCUGAAUGGUAUAAUUAGUGACCAUAGCGUCAAUACAGUAGUGUAUUGUCAGACACAUGCUUGUUUCCCCUGUUGUAAGUUCGGUGUCAUGAACGAUAGAGAUUAUGUCUUACAUUGUGUCUUACAUCUCUUUUACUGUAUUUACUCCUAUUUUUUACAGUGCUGUGACAGUUUUCUGUUUUUUUGUUUGUCAUCGCACUUUAAAUAUGAAAAUUAUCUUUGGCGCUUACAUGGCAGAUAAAAAUCAAUAAAA